AUGGUAAAGAUACGUUUAUUGUUCGUGAGCAAGACUAAUGACCAAAAACACUCCCCGUUUCCCCCCAGACGCCAAGGUCUAACAACUCAUGCAUUCAGGGUUCCCCAAUCCGUUGGCUGUAGAAAGAAUCCCGAGGUCAAAGACGCCAGAGUACGUCAAAUAUGUAAAGAGCGAUAA